UCUUCUACAGUGGCUAGGCUGUGUUAAACUAAUGUGUUCCUCAUACUUGUGUUACGUGCAGUGAAUGUUAUAGUGUUUCCCGGCUGUUCUCCCAACACAAAGAACACACUCCAAUUGGAAAUAAAGUUAUCUAUACAGAGAAGUGACAGCGGAGCUCACAUCGACUACAUUAAAGGUGGAACUCACGAGAUAUCUUCAACAGGAACAUGGAUGAUUAUGAACAGUUCCUUAAGAAGAUACAAGAAGGGCUUCGCCUGAAAGAAGCUGAACAGGAAGCAGCUCAACAACCAGCUGUAGACUCAAGCUGUCACCAGCAGCAGCAGCAGCACCAGCACCAGCAGCAGCAGCAACCUUCACAGUCAGAACUUGGGAAGACCCAAAGCACUCCCUCACCAUCAUUCCAGGCCCUGUAUGAUGACAUCUGCCAACGCAUUCGCUCUUCUGGCACACUCGACGCCCUUAUGAAAGACUUCGAGGAUCUUAAAACAGAUUUAGAGAGAGUGAAAUAUGUCGCUCAGAUGAAUGAGAUAAGGGCAAUGAAACUAGAAGAAAAUUAUUCCAAGAAGAGUGAGGAAGAUGCCAUCAGUUACGAAAAGGUGUACGAGAUGCUCAUCCCCAACGAGGCAUCCGCCAGCAAGGCUCUGGAGGUGAUGAAGAAAUGUAUUCAGAAGACUCCGGUUACGGAUACCACCACCCUGGCCCUCAGGUAUAUGAAGAGAGGUUGGGCGUCGCUUCUCUUGGAGUAUUUUGACGACGCCAAAGUUGAUGCUCUGAAGAGUUUGUCUUUUAACUGUCCAGAGGAACUGCUAUGGAACUCAUUUGAGAUCCUGGGUUACUGCAGUGCAAGGAUAAACGACAACAAGGCAGCCGAGUCCUACUUCCUUAAAGCAUUAGAUCAUCUGCGAAAAAGCAACGCGACAAAUGAAAUCAAAGCAGCAGUUACUGGCAGAGUUAUGACGGUGUUUAAAACCAUCAAAACCAAAAAGUCUAAAAAAGUCUCGAAGGAAGAACCAAAGAAAAGGAAGUGUGUGCCUCAAGUCAGCUACGGACCACACAAGAAUUUCCCAAGUGCGUCGUCUGUACUCGACUUCGUUAUUACAGAAGACAGAGGUCGAUGCACCAUCGCCAAGAAAGAUAUAAAGCCAGGUGACAUCUUGAUGGUAGACAGUCCGUUCUGCACAAUGGUGAACGCCGAGGUCCUAAGCACCCAUUGCUUCCAUUGCUACACCCCCUGCACCACCCCCGUCCCCUGCCGCGCCUGCGCAAAGGUGUGGUACUGUAGCGACGGGUGUGAGGCGUCGUCCUGGAGUAGGCUUCAUUGCUCAGAGUGUAGCGUCCUCAACCACAUCAUGGAUCCCGGUAUAGGCAAGAUGGCCCUCCUAGCCUAUAGAGUGAUGACCACAGUAACAUGGCAAGGGCUACAGAAGUGGCGACCAGAGAUACUGAAUCUGACGGAGAGCGAGCCAAGGGAGGUUGAGACGCCUUGCGGGGAGGACCAUCCUGGAGAGGCUGACAAGGAAGCUUCACACCAGAGGGCCUUCACUUGGAAAGGAAAGUACUCUCCGCGGGACUACAGGACCGUCCUCCAUUUAGCAACCAACUCGACGAAACGGACAUUCGGCGACCUGCUCAAGCGAGCCAUCACUGCGGUGUAUCUGGCUCACUGUCUCAGGCUCACUGGUUACUUCGGCUCAGACAACGUUGAAGAAGAAGACGUCAUGUUUGCUGCUAGUCUGCUGCUCAGACACUUACAAGGUGGUUCUUGCAAUGCUUACGAGAUCGGCGAAUUUGACGUUGGUCCCGAGGGCGUAGCGGUUGGUAAGAUGGUUGAGGUGGGAGGGGCUUUGUACACCACAAUCUCUCUCACCAAUCACUCUUGUGUCGCCAAUGCCACCCGCUACAGCGUGGGUGAUCAGUGUGUACUGAGGGCAACCAGGUCAAUUUCCCGUGGAAGCGAGGUUUUAGACAAUUACGGUUUUCACUUUUACUUAAGUACUGUCAAUGAAAGACAAGAAGCUCUAUUUAAUCAAUAUAAAUUUAAGUGUAUGUGUGAAGCGUGCAGGUGGAUAUGGCCUUUAUAUCCCCACCACCCGGCCGAGACACUCAUCUUCAAGUGUCCGGCGCCAUCUUGCGGCGGCUCUUGCUGCUACUCCACUAGUAGCCGGUCCAAAUGCAACAUGUGUGGCAACCAACAAGAGUAUUCCAAGCUACUACAGGAAUUAGAACUACAGUUAAGCAGCUUCAGAGAUGCGCUGGACAAGCUAAAAAAAGGAGACGUAUCGUGUGCCCUGCCCUCGCUGCUGGCCCACCAAGCCUUCCUGGACCACCACAUAGUGGAGCCGGUGAAGCACUACACCGACACACAAGAGGCUACCAGACAGUGCUUCAACUACCAGGGUAACGUCCACCUGCCCCGGGAGGCUGUCGCUCUGGCCCAGCCAGAGUACCGCCCGCCGCCUAGGCUGAAGGCACCCUCCAGGAAGGUAUUUAUGCAACAGUAGUCCCCCAGCUUAUCGAGAGGUCACGACCUCUUCGCAGGGUGCAGUCGCACCUCCACAGAUCUCCAGUAUCAGCUAAUGAUACUGGUUCAAGUUAAAGUUAAAGUAUGUUUAUUGAGAUAAGCAAGAAAUACAUCUCAAAGGGAUAGAGUAGCUUAGGCUAUUUCUACCCCCCAUGAUACUGGCAAUGGUUCCAAAAGGUUACCACUUACGGGCUAUUCAUGCCCGUGCCACCUUUUGGGUGGUUUAAUCUUCAUCAAAUCAAAUCAUCCCAGCUUAUAACUCACCUCCGUGCUGGGAGAUAUGUUUAGCCAGUUACAGUGCCAGUAUUAGAAGAAUUACAACAGUAAGAUGAAAAUGUAAUCCAUAAUUUGUGAUCAUUAAUUAAAAUUGAAAAAGGUUAUA